AUGAGUCUGUUACAAGACCCAGACUACCUCAUCACACAUCUUCGGGCCAAGUAUGUCGAUUCCAUUCACGAUUCAGUCGCGCCAGCAUUGGUCAAGCCCGUCCCAGGAUACCUUCGACACGACCAUUCAAAGGAUUGGCAAAAUGAGUCGCUUACGAUUCUUCUGAAGGCUGAAUCUCCGCCUGUAGCUUCAUCGUCACUCAACGAGAAAGCUCUGGCAUAUAGACGACAGAAGUUGAGGCUUGACGACAUGAGCGAUGAGGACGAAGAUGAAAUGGCAGACGACGAGAAUCACACUAAUGGAGGAGUCAUCAGACUGAAACGACGAAACACACAGAAACGAGCCUCAGGGGUGCCUCUAGCUCAGAGUUAUAUGGACUCCAGCGAUACCUACAAGCAACAGGACAUUAUGGCAAGUGGAGGGUUCUCUGGUCAAUACGACGACUCAAACUCGUCAGGAGACGACGAUGAUUUUGACGAAGAGGAAAGUGAAGACGAAGCAGGAGGUUCAGGCGUAUUGGAUGUGCAUCAACUGACUCCCAGAAUUGAUGACCAUCAUAGCAGCGACUCCAGCAUCAUGUCUUCGUCAGAAGAUGACGAGGAGAUCAUUGUUGUUCCAUCCAUGACAUUCGACGAAGGCACUUCUCUUUCUGGGGAUGCAUAUGCUGCUAUAUCCUCUGCUAAUGUGGACUCGGAGCUCGAUCCUCAAAGCAGUUAUAUCUAUCCUACCGACGAACAAGGGCUCGUGGUGGAUUCAGAUGACUCCGACGAACACCUGGAGAUGCCCAUUUCAAAGACAAACACAAAAUCGUCCAUGCCCAGAGCCACAUCUACUGCUUCUGUGACCACUGCAGGCUCUUCAUUGUCCAAGACUGCCAAUUCCAACACCUCAUGGCUGUCUCAGCGACGUGAACCACAGCGGCAAACUUCUGUUGAUGUCAUCCCUGAGCCACAGAGUCUCAAGAAUCGUCGCCGAAUGAGCGGGGUGGUUCCACCCAGACCAAGAAGUAACACUACCGCUUCUCUCCCUGCAGAAUCAACCCAAAAGGUCGAUACCAAAUUGUUCGAGAAGGACUUUAGCCGUCUACAACUCGUUACUGAACGGCAACAUACCAGUUUGCUGUCCAGCCAAAUCCAGGACAGGUCUUCUACUCUCGACAACCCCCUCGACGAAUAUAUGAGUGCUUCUGGAAAGGCCACCAAAAAGCCUCUCAACAUCUACAUGUAUAUGCCAAGCAGUGCGUGUCCCGAUACUCCCUGGGAGGUCUCUCUUCUUCCGGAUGUGACUGUCAGCCACGCUAUUGGUUUUGCACUAUACAAAUACUCUCUGAACCACCUUGAGCCGGCUCUUACACCAGCCCAGUGUGACGCCAACCUGUGGAACUGUUACAUGGUCGAAGAUGGAGAAGUGGAUGAAGAUAUCGUGCUUGAUCGAACUACAGAGCUCAGCCGCUACGGAGAAGAGUUUGCUCUGGUUGAAGCCACUCCCAGUGAAUACAUUGAAAACAAGAAACGCACGCCCAACAAGUUUGGUGUGCAGGCUAAGACAGAGGCUUCUCCAGGCGCCACUGGGGGCGUCCCUGUUCCUAUUCCUCCAACUAUGAUCAUUGAUGAUGAUUCAACCACUGCUCUUCCGACCACUAUCGAGAGGGAGACUGUUCGGCUUCGAAUCCAUCUCGAGUCCACGAAUACCGUCACACUCAACGUCGAUAGAGGCAGUUAUCUUGCCGAAGUGCUUGAAACCAUCUGCAAACGACGAAGCUGCGAUACUUCCCUUUACACUCUUGCUCUCUUUGGUACCAAGAUCAUUGCACCGGGAGACCGAACUGUGGAGGCACUGCAGGGACACCAUGAAUUGGAACUGCUGCAGAAGAAGUAUGUAUCACAAUCAGUGGGAUAUAUCUACCCUCCCAAAUCUCAAAAUCCAGCUGCCCCGAUUAUUCCUCGAGGCUCCGCAGCUCUGUUUACACACACUGGGUCAGUGGCCGGAGGAGCUCUUGGAAAGCUGUCUGGAAAGUCGCUCAAGCACGCCCCUCAAAACUUUCUACUUGGCCCAUCUUCUCCUUCAGACGAUCUAGGUUCUGAUGCGUACCAAAAGUACCAGGUCUGGAGACGUCAACCCAUGUCGUUCAUUAGUAAGCAUGAAAAGGUGCUUGCAUUCGAUGGAGAAUACAUCCACAUCAUGCCGUCAGACGACAAAACCAAAUUUGAAACGUCCAAAACGUCUUCGUUUCACGUGGGCCGUAUCAUCAAGUGCAAGCAGUCCCGAAAGGUGCCUUCAAACUUCAAAAUUGUCGUCAACAAGCCCUCUGGGCCAAAGCGAUACGAUCUGGAGGCCGUUUCCGUAGCACAGUGUGUGGAAAUCGUCACCAAGAUCAGACACAGAUGCUCUGCUUAUGUCAAGUCCCGAAACGGCUAG